AUGAUUUUUAAAAAAUUACCAUUUGAUUGUAUAUAUCAUAUAUUUGAAUAUCUAGAAUAUAAUUACGAGACACUUUAUUCAUGUAUACUUGUGAGUAGAAGUUGGUUUCGCACUGUUGCACCAAUACUAUGGAAAGAUCCAUUCCAUUCAAAAAAUAGCAUGAAGACAAUGAUCAGGUGUUUAUCAAAGGAGUCAAAAGAUUUUUUUGUGAAAAAUAAUAUCAAACUAUCAUUUGAAGUAUUGGAUGAUGAUAAACUACUACUAUGCAACUAUUCAGAAUUUGCUAAUGAACUACGAAUGGAAGAUACAUUAUAUGAUAAUAGUCUAGAUUUGAUUGAUGAAGAGAUUGAGGUGGUGAAGAAAGAAAAGUGGUAUUUGUUACUUAAAGAAUUAGUAAAAUUUAUCAUGACUAAUUCCCGAAUAGAAAGAAUUUUCUUACAUUAUUUGGAGCAUUUUUUGUUGCUUGAACAACCCAAAUUUAAUCAAUGUUUCUCAAAUCUUAGAGAAUUGGCUUGUGAUGAUAAUGUUAGUCCAAGAUUGUUUCAUUUAUUGGCACAAACUACUGAUAAAAUAGAAAUACUUGGUUUGGAAUUUUACAAUUAUAAAUCAAAUAUGGGAUUGGUUGAAUUGAUUAGAGCACAGAAACACAUAAAGAAAUUAUUAUGUUUCACAUCCAAUGACUCCAUACCUAAAUUAGUCAAAGAGGCAUUGCUUCUUCACGCAAAUAAUUUAGUGGAAUAUACUAAGAAAAUCAAUGUUAAUUUUGAUGGACAAGAUUGUGUAUAUACUUUGAGUAAAUUUUUCAAAUUGAAUGGCAAGAACCUUAAAGUUAUUCAGUUUGAUGGAAAGAUUGAUGAUAUUCUACCAACUUUUGAAGAUUUAUUUUGUGCUUUGAUGACUGCUUUACCACAACAAAUAAAAAUAUUAUCAUUUAGACAAAAAUGUUUACUUUUAGAUGAUGUUUUAGAAAUGUUUUUCAAAAAAUGGACUGGCUAUGCACCAAUUCGUAUUGAAAUUUUUAAUGGUGAUGAGGAGGUGGUUUAUGAUGAUAUUGGAGACGAAGUUAAAAUGAUUGAAUUGUUGACUCAUUAUAAAGAAAAGGGAUUAUUAGAUUUCAGUGUCUUUGAUUCGAUUCCAAAAUUUGAUAUUUUCCUGGAAUCGUUAUAA